CACUGACUUGGACCAGAACCAGGAGGAACCAGUGAGGUCCAGUUUGAAGCAUCAGUAUGUUUCGGUACACUCCACCCUGGAAGAUUCUCUGUCACAGUCUGGAUCCGGACAACAAGAGACUCUCAAACGAAGACUAUCAGCCUGUUUGGUCCCUACAGAGUCCUCAGCAGUCCAGAGGAAGUCUUCCUCAAUCAGAGCCUCCCUCCUGUGUUUGCACAGUUUCCCCUACAGAAAUGAAUAGCUACCCCAGGAAUUGGGUGAUGAAGCCUCUGUCCCCCUUGCUUCAGCCCUCAGACCUGCGAACCAUUGCUGGCCCUGCUCCUAGCCUAAACCGAAACUCCUCGUUAGUCCUACAGGAGAAUGACAGAACCCAAAAAUCUGUGGUAGAAGUCCGGCAUGUUGCGGUGUUUCAGGAUGGAAACUCCAGUGGUGAGGAGUGGCAGCCCACCAGUCCCUGCAGCAGCACUGGCUCUCAGAGCGGCUUCUACUCUUUUGUGGAUGAUCCCACCAGUCCUGAAGCAGAGAUGAAUGAAGCCUGGAUGAUGUCACCACAGCGGCAGGCCCAACUUGCCAUCCUAAAGAAAGAGAGAGAAUUCAAGCUACAGACCUACAGCAGCAACAAGAAACCACAGAGUCUGUUCUCAGAGAGCAAUGGAGACUACCGGUAUAGGGUGGACCACAACAGUGGCGUCAAAGUAAUAGAUAAAAAUGACGAAAAGCAGUUUCGAAAGAUGAUCAUCCACAGCCAAGCUCCUAGGAGGAGCCAGAGAGAGUCAUUGACCCAAGGGGAGUCUAUGAACCCUAGCCUUUCAACAGAUAGGCUGAUAGAUGGGUUCAGCUUAAGCUUCAGUCCUAUCAGCUCCAGACCAGAACCUCCUCACUCUACUGAGCCAGGUACUGUUGUAAAGGAGCAAAUCAAUUUUGGUGCUGCCCGACAGAAGUUUCUGCAGAUGGAGCAGGAACGACUGGCAUCGAUGCUGAGCCCUCUGCAGUCCUCCAGAACACAGUUGAACACAACUUCGGAAUCAGAUCUUGAUGGUUAUGGGUCAAGAAAGCUAAUCCAUGGUACCAUGAAUCUAACUGAUGAUACAAUUCAAUUUAAACCAGCAGGGAGAGAUGAGCCAGAUCUUGAGAGAAAGGUGACAGUGAUCUAUUCUAAUGGAAAUCUGAGUAGGGAGAGUAGUGUCUUUGAUGACAUUGACUCUGGCCAUGAUGAAGUGUCUGGGGGUUACACCAGUGAUGAUGCCCAGCUUGAUGACAUUGACCAAGAUCACCGAAGCAAGUCCAAGGUGUUCCAUGAAACACCCAUUGAAAGAGAGAUUCGAUUGGCUCAGGAACGUGAGGAGGAACUACGGCGAUCUCGGGGCAUGUCGCAAAGCAGUGGUCGAGGAGAGAUGGUCAGAAUCAAAACCAGACGUUCACUGCCGUCCUUCGAGCCCGAGAGAACCUUUGAGAAGACUCAAGUCAGUUUCAUCAACAACAGCAAGAUACAAAAGGAAAACCAAAGGGGAGAAGACCAUCAGCAAGCAGAACAGAUCCAGAAACCAGUCAGCAGAGAUCCUCCUCCCCAACUUGAUAACAAGAAGAAAGAGUCAGACCCACAAUAUCAGAACAAAAGAAAUGGAAACAUGCAGGAGUCUGAUCCUGAAACAGACGAAGUGUUCCUAUCUCCAUGCUGUCCUCACCGACAUCCUGAUGAGUCUUGGAUCUUUCAGACAAAACCAGCCAACUCCUCCCUCUCCUCAUUUACUCCUAGGGGCUCUGAGGGCAGAAGACAAACAGUGUCCUUUUCCUCCCCUUCUGUGCCGCUAACACCAACAACCUCACGUGAAAUAGAGCUUACUCAGAGCUGGAGGAAGAGCCUGGGGUCCACUGGCCUGCAGUCAAGAGUGCAAGGAGCUCCAGAAUUUAUUGAGAAGGAGAUUGAGGAGAAUCUGAAACGGGAACUGGAACUGAGGGAGCUGAGGGAGUCCAUGAAAGAAACCAGCCAAGCCACCUUUUCUCCUGCUCCUUUGGUGGAACAGGCAGUCAAGACGACCAAUAGUCAAUUCUACCCUCAAGUAAAAACAGACAAACCCCUCACUCCAUCCUCAUUCUCUCCUCGAGUCAACGUUCGUACAGCUUCCCUGUCCUUCGUCACUGCAAAGCCCUGGUCCUCCAUGCCUUCCCCUGGUUCCUCUUCCUCCCCACUGGUCCGGAAAGUUCCUCGAGGUGUGACGGACACUCUGCUGCAGGACUUUGAAGAAUAUCGAGCCAAGAUGAUGUUGGAAGAAAGCGCUUAUGCAGGAAUUCAGCCGGUUGAUGACAUCAACAAUGAGGUGGUGGAGUCAACACGGGUCGUUCGCCAUAAGAACCAGCGAGCUCUGCUGUGGGAGGCAGGACAUUUCCUUAACCAGGACCCUCAGUGAGAUCAAAAGAACUAAAUGCUGAAUCAGAUCUGGUCCCAGAACUGAGUGUAAAUAAAUCCAGGACAGGGUGAAGGAUUUGCAACAAAACAGACAGUAGCUGAUGGAGCAGCGAGAUGUGGCAUCCUUUGUGAAUUCCAAACAGCUGAGUAGAUGACUGAGUAGACAGCUGGUGGCUUUCUGUAAAACCCCGAAUAGUGAAGCAGCACUUUGAUCUAGAGACUUUUAAAUUGACAGAGUAAAGCAGCAAGUUUGUAACUGUAAAUGAUUAAAACGAAUC